AACGGAACUUGGUUGGUAAAUUCCGCGGCCCACAUGUGGGGUAUGAAACCGUACGACACCUCCAUUAGUGCCACUAACAGCUAUGGUGUCAGUUACGUAGCUUUCGGCGAGGGCUGGCACAAUUACCAUCACGUGUUCCCAUGGGAUUACAAGACCAGCGAAUUAAACAACUAUGGCUCAAACUUCACCUGUGCUUUCAUCGACUUUUUCGCCUGGCUCGGCUGGGCGUACGAUCUGAAGACCGUGGGACAUGACUUAAUAAAGAAACGCGCAGCCCGAACAGGCGACGGUUCGAUAUAUGAGCUAGAGGGUGAUCUUAAUGAUGAACAUCAUCAUACGCAAGAGAAAAUGAUAUGGGGAUGGGAGGACGCUGAUAUGUCAGUGGAGGAUAAGCUGGCAGCGGAGAUACUCAACAAGGAGUCCCGAGAUUAAAAUCCUCAAAAUUUUUGACGUAGCAUUACAGUUGGAAUUACGUAGAAAGUGUCGUCCGACAGUCGUUUGGUUGUACAAUAGUUAUGUAUGGUAAAUGCAUAAUGAUAUCGGUGAUUAACGGUGAAAGGUUAACAUAUAUCGUUAUACAUGUAAAGUAUCGUAUUUAUCUGUUAUAGAGGUUUAGUAUUUACAUGUAUGCUUUUAAUGAUUGCGUAUGUCUCUGGCAAGUAAUAGCUCGGCCAUUACACUAGGUGCUCGUAUUGGAGAUGGCCAUUUUGUUAAAAGAUAAUGGAGAAAUGCUACCAUGCAUAUUUCACGGAAAUUAAUAACAGAUAUAUUAAUAUCUAUAUCAAUAAGUUCUCAAUUUUAACAAGAGGUUAUCUGCGAUGAGUGCGGCUAAUAUAUUAUACUAUCCGAACAUACCUGUCAGAGAUGUUGAUAGUAUAUCUGUUGAAUAUGUUCCAUGUUACAAAGUCCUGUGGUACAUUGUGCAAUAGAAAUAGAAUUAUUAUUACGCCCGAUAUAAUGAAUCAGACUUGAAGACGGAACUGUCUCCUUGGCGAUAGAUGUUAUUAAAACAAUCGUUCGUUGAUUUGCAGCUGAGCUUACGUGUACGAGCCGCUGUAAUAUUUCUCUGUGAAAUAAAUGGCGUUAGUGUAAAA